GUAAGUUUAAUUUGCUCAGAGCAAAAAUCGCGAGUGGACGUUUCAGAAGAGAACGCGUCGAAGUCGAACGAACAAAGUGAAAAGUCGAAAUCGAAGUCGAUCGCUGCUGCGCUGCUGCGUCCCGAGAGCUCACGAGGAAGGAAAAACCCUUAAGAAAACACACACACCCAAACAGAGAUGGCUCUGGUGCCGGCUACGAACAACACGGACUGGGAUUAUUGGGACUACCGUCGCCGCUUGUGGCGCGACUGGGACAUCAACGACUGGGAUCUGCCCUACUGGAAGCGCUCGCUGUCGCGGGUGGGCUCCGCGCCCGAUCUCAGCCGGGUGAUCGUGGGCAAGGAUGGGUUCGAGGCCAACGUGGAUGUGCACCAGUUCAAGCCGUACGAGAUUACGGUGAAGACCACCGGCGACACGGUGGUGGUGGAGGCCAAGCACGAGAAGCGUCGCGACGGCGACACCUUUGUGGGCCGCCACAUUGUCAAGCGAUUCGUGCUGCCCCGUGGCUACUACCCCAACGAUGUCCGCUCCGAGCUGUCCACCGAUGGCAUCCUCACCGUCCGCUGUCCGCCGUAUCUGAGCAACGAGCGGAGCGUCUACGUCCGUCAAGUGGGUCCAUCAUAUCUAAGCAUCAAGAACUAACCCCGGGUAGCGGGAUUUAUGUGUGUUUUGUUUUUAGUUUCUGUUGGAGCAAAGAAAAAAAAAAAAUAAUGUAAAAGAAAGACAAAUUAUAAUGCACUCGACACGACCGGAAUUAUCUGAAGGAUUUCCGAGUCGCUUAAUUCUAAGUAAACCAAAUCCAAAACAACAUUAAUUGGACUCUUUUUGUAAUUAACAUGGAAACAUUUCAUUUGUUUAGUUAAAUAAAAUAAACGUUAAUUUAUUAAUAAUUAA